CUCCCACGAAGCCUCCCAUCAUUAUGGACGGCUCUAAUUCACUUCCAUUAUCCCCGGCGCAGCUUACCCGGUAGAUCUCCUCCUCAAUCUCGAGACACGCUCUCUGAUUCCGCCCGGGUAGUCAAAGAUUAUAUAAAGCCCCUGAACAUCCUCCCAAAUCGACUUGGAAUCCAUUCUCAUCCAGCAAGUCAAGUGAGUCCCAGACAGAAGCUCAGAGCCACUGCGAUAUGGAUCCGCCAAACGGUCAACAAGCGAUGGAGCAGAUGGUCCAUUGGUAGCCCAGAUGCACAACUAUGCCCCUGCUCCCACUUCUAGGGCAGGGAAGAUCUAGACGGCCAGCUAGCGUGUCUGAUGGAAUUUCUGCGGCUAUGUGAAGUAGACAUCCUCUACCGCUGUAGUCGAGAUUACAUCGCCAGCCAAGCAGGAGCUCAAGGUUGCAAGAGAUGCAGACCCAAAACCAGACGGCGAGAUCAAACUGAUUCCACGACGCUGAAAGGCUUCGUAUCUCGUCCAACCACCCCACUUUUGAUUCAUCCUUCAGCGAGUUUCUUUCUCAGGAGUUGCCUCCGGCCUCUGUUGCACUCUAAGAAGACUACAUCAUGUCUCGACGGCAUCACGUUCGGUCCGCAGAUCCUGCUCAGCAAGAUUUCAAGCUCGAGAGUGGAAUUAUGUGGUAAAAUGCAACAAAGCCUGCAAAUCAACGCUGGAUCUCAGGCGGUGCAGAUUGUUGAGCCGAUGAGGAUGGCUUCCGGAAGGAACUUGCUGCCCGAAACAAACACUAUCUCAAGCGUGCAGGCUCUGUAUCGACCGAUGGUAGAUCAUGGUAGUUAUCGCGUAUGCUACCAUGAUCUGCGCUUGAGCAAAGAUGAGAGGCAGAAUAUGGCCUUGGCCGUCAAAUGCACCUGCACGGGUCUCUUCUCUCUCUAUCACCUCAAGCGUGCAGACUCUAUAGCAUUUCCAAAGAGCUCUACCUCUCUUCUACAGAGACCAAAGUUUUGCCUAUACGAUCUUACUCUCGACCCAGCGCACAACGGAAACACCCCCGGCAAGGCCUGAAGAUGCGACAGCGCCGUCAGCCGCGGAAAGCUCCCCGCUGGGCUCGGUGGGAUGGUUCAGGAAUUUUCAAUGACGUAUGAGCACGACAUUCUCGCCGGCGAGUUGCACGAUCGCAGACACUUGAA